AUGUUAUUGCGGCGAAGUAUGCUCAUAAGCAAUACCCCCGCUAUUUCGGGCUACAAAUCGAAUGUGUCGUUCCAGGAUUUGACACCAGCACUGGUGGACGAGCAGGUUACUAAAAUACGAAAGCUGCGUGGAACUCCGUCGCUGAGCUCUGCACUGGUACAUAUUCCGCCGCACUUGAACCCCCUGUACGUGGACACGUCUGUGGAUGAUGACGAAGACGGUGAGGAGCGGGAGUACGGGAAGGGGAUACGGCGGCCGUCUCUGAACAUGGAUCUGGGGUACUCUGCGCAGUCGCAGCAAGAAGUGACGGAGGCCUACAAGUUUAUUUUCGACGGGACCGCGGGGUCUGCGGUGUCGCGGCGGUCGACGCACUUGUCGCCGCCGGGGUCCCGCAGCGCCUCGCCGCAGAACAGCAAGUCAGGCCCGCCGGGGCUACGUCUGCCCCCGCCGCCGCGGCUGUCGAUACUGAAGAACAAGGACGUGGCUCAGGACGCGCAAGACUUUGACACAUCAAAGAUUGAUAUCCAGCAGGAGCUGGUUAUUGAGCAGCUCACAAAGCAGAAUACGGAAAGUAACAGCCCAGCCACGCGGGGCUACUCGACUGGUGCGUUUGCGCGGCUGCAGGAGCUGGAGGACAGGCUUAUGUCUGACGGCCAGGGUGGCAGUUCCCGCGGGCAGGAGAACAAGUCGGCCCGGAAGGCGCGGCGGAAAUCAUAUGCCGAUAUGAGUGAUUCGGAGCUGGCACAGCUGGAAGACAGCAUGAACCCAUACUCUGCGACGUCGAAUAUAGAUAAAUUCGAUUUCUCUGAGCAGAGCAAGCUAUAUAUUGGCCCGACAAACCCAUCCAAAAACUUACCUCGGAUAAAGACGGAUAACCCCCCCACGUCUAUCUAUCCGUCUCGGCCAGCGGUCCCCUACCAUGCGAUCAGCUGUUCUAACAUGCACGAAGAGUACAGCGCGUACGUAUCCCAGACAGCGGCAGCCGCCAACGGUGCCAAACCGCGGACAGUGGCAUGUUACCUUAGUGGCAGAAGGCACAGUUGGUCGGCUGUGGACGCUUAUAUCAACAUGUUUGCGCGCAGCGGCGACCACCUAGUUAUCUGGGCGUACCUGCCGAUGUAUGAUAGAGAGAUCACCAACUUAUCAAGCAAGACUUCAGAGAGGCCAAAAUCCAGCUUGGACAUGUAUCAAUUUGCAACAGAAAAGAAGACGACAAAGCCCGAGACAGCCAGUGACCACGAACGGGCGUGUAUGAUGGUGCUAGAGCUAGAUAACAUCGCGAAGGCCAAGUGCAAGUCUUUGUUAGACUUUUACACUAAGCGCUGCUCACAUCUUAUAAUGAAGGUCACUGUGGAGUUCAUUAAACACGAAUCGAUGCAGGGCGCCACAGCAAAUCUGAUAUCUCUUUAUGAGCCAGAUAUGGAGUUUGUCUCCACUAUAUCAACCACUUUCAAUGUGAAGUUCAGAAAUGGCCAUGUCAAAUUGCCGACCUACCUUGCCAAGCACGCGUCAAUUCCUACAGUAAUAGUGUCACAUGAGUUUGUCGACACUAAAAGAGCUGUGCAGACACCGAGCGGCGAGGUAACGCAGGAGCCUGGUAUCCAACUUAAGCGUCUGGAAAAUAUUGUUUUGAGCACCUCGGUAAAUCCAUAUGAUGUACAGUCUCUGAACUCUCGAGGAACUGAUCUAGCGGACUGUUCAAGUGAUGAAGGUGAUGACGAGGGGUCAGAAGCCUCCGCCAGUGUUGGCGCCUAUUUUCCUUCGGAUCAGGACAUGCGCAGAAAGCGUGACCAAUUCAACACAUUAGGAUAUAUCCCGCCCAAACCAGUCUACGUUGACACGAGGCAACUCUUGUCGAUUGGUUCAUCCAGAAGCAGUCGGCGCUCUUCUCGCCACACUUUUACGAGCUCGGAGAUUUAUCAAGUAAAAUCUAUGAUUAGUGACGAUAUCCCUUACAGCACAAACCCUAUCAGGACGGUCAAGUCUGCACAGUCGGCAUCCUCUGGAACUACGAACAGCACUCCACUGCCACGCCCUGUUCGGCGAAUUGAACCCAUGACUCCAAGCACGCCAGCGAGCUCCAAUCCUCCUACCAAAAAGAAAGGCAAAUUGUUCAGCAAGUUUAAACAGAAGAUUGGGCUCAAGUAA